CAGCACAGCCCUCAAAUUCCCAAUCCCAUCACCAUCAUCAUCUUCCCUUCACCAUUUCCUCUCUAUCUUCGUUUUUCAUCUUCUUCCCUUCUUCUUUGCCCUAAAUUUUCUCACUCUUUCUCGCCUUUUCUUCCGCUUUCUCUCCCUAAAAUGGUAACCUUUUCUUUAACUUUACCUUUUCACUCUUUCUCUAUUCCAUCUCUAAUCUUCUUCCUUGUGUUUUCAAACUGAAUCCUUCUAAAUCGCUGCACCAAUCGCUUCCUAAUUUGGUUUUUUCGUCUCUAUGUUUAUGUGGGUCCGCUUGUUUAUUGUUUUUAAUGCCCCUAGAUUGUUCAUUAUGCUGAUAUAUUAGUAGUGCUUCAUAUCUGUUGCCGUUUAUAUAUGUGUGUGUAUUUUAAGUGCCAUGCAUUUGUAAGUGAGUUUGUAAAAAUCAUUGGUCACUGUUUAUGUAAUGCGAUGACUUAUUCUAUUAUCAUACAUUUAUUACAUUUUUCUAAAUGUACUUUGUUUUCGUGUUAUUGUUAUUUCAACUUUCAAGAUUAUGUAAUACUAAAAUUGGACUGGUGCAGGUAAAAGGAGUACAUCUUCAUGUACAUAUGGGUCCAUUCUUUUAACAAUUUUUUUCAAUUUAUUUUUGUACAAUUUUCAUUUUGCACAAUAAUGGUUAUUGUUAAUUUGUGUUUGCUUUAUCUCAGUGGUUUAAAUAUAACGCAUUUGUGCUGAUGGAUAUAAUUAGAAAGGUGAUUUGUUUUCACAUUUUGCAUUAGACGAUGUUAAAUUGAGUGAUGUAUCCAUACAAAAAUUAUAAUUUGGAAAGCUAGGAAUGCUUAAUGAUGAAAUUCGAAGGGAAGAACUGAAGGAUGUUGGAUUGGAAAAGAUAAUAUCAAUUAACUAUUUAAGUAGAGUAGAGGUUUGUUAGUGAAGUAGCCCAUCUUGUUGGUACAUUUAUUUACUAUGGGUCAGUCCUUGUCAAAAUUCCUUUAUGCAUUUAAGUUCUACCACUUGGGGACAGUCUGUGAGUCGCCCUCUUCUUGCUCAUCUUGUUCAUCCACCCUUUGUUCUCUUUCUUCUUUAAUUUUAAGUGUAUUCCUUCCUUAUCACCAUCACUAUUAGUGUGUAAUUCUUAGGAAAUAGGGAUAGGAGCCUCGUUUGGUAUAGACUACAGAGUUGAGCGGCAAAAUUAAGUAGCUUUAGAUUUCAGGAGGGAGGAACUGGUUAAAGUUGGUCUCCUUCACAUCAAAGGUUAGGGUCAGUGCUGGGUAUAAUGACAUCAAGAAAUGAGUAUUGAGAAAAGGUUUGGUGCUUUUUCUUCCCUCCUCUGUGUUAGAAGUUUUGCCAAAGGUUCUGUUCACACUGUAUUCAAGUAAUUUUUAGGACUUUCUUCAAGAAGCUAGUAUCCGAACAGUGUUGUAGGUGCAUUGUUAACUGACUUUGUUUCCGGGCCUCCUUGUGUUCAGACAAUAAUUCUUAUGUUUGUUUAGUAGCUGACCAUGGAUAUGACAACAAUACUAAAGCUUCUUGGUAGGGCAAACUCAAGUAGAAGUUAAUAGUGAUCUUAACAAAGAAGCUUAGAUAUUUUACCCUUAACCAUACAUGUCGAUUGUGGAUUUCCCAAGCACUUGAGUGAUUUUAAUAACUUGAGUGGGCUAGUUAUGAUAUAUUAAUGUCGAGUCUUAUGCCAUAUUCCCUACAAAAUACCAAAAUAGAAAGGUUUCUAAAAUUUGUGUAUUAUGAAGAAUAGGGAAGUGGUCUGAAGUCUUGGGCUCCAAAGCUGUUCACACAUUCCAUCUCAAAAUUCUUGUGGGACCACUUUAGACGUUAUAAGUCUUAAAAUUUAGGCCACAACUUUUGGGGAAAAAGAAUACACCUUUUGGGGAAAACAUGUUGUAUGAAGUUUACUUUGGUGGGAAGGAAAGAUUUAUGAACCAAUACGACUCCAUUUUGUUAACUUAUUCAAUGAUUGAAGAAGAUAUAAAAGACUUUGACAAAGAAGCUAGAUAUCUAAUAUAUUGCUAAGGGGGCUAGGUUGGAUGCAUAUUUCUCUAAAGGAGACUCUGGCAGAUUCUGUUUAUCAUAUAUGAGCUUCGUGGUCGUAUUUUCUAGCAAGGAGGUCCGAUUCGUUAGAGGAAUGGGAAACUGGGGCCAGUUUUCCUCCAUCAUCUUUACCUAGUCUACACUAGACUUCUACUAUGGCAAAUGCAGCAUCAGGGAUGGCUGUGCAUGAUGAUUGCAAACUUAGGUUUCUGGAUUUGAAGGCAAAAAGAACCUACCGUUUUAUAGUUUUCAAGAUUGAAGAGAAGCAGAAGCAGGUUGUGGUGGAAAAGCUUGGUGAGCCGUCUGAAAGUUAUGAGGACUUCACUGCCAGCCUCCCUGCUGACGAAUGCCGAUACGCAGUCUAUGAUUUUGAUUUUGUCACUGAAGAGAAUUGCCAAAAGAGCAGGAUUAUAUUCAUUGCAUGGUCACCUGAUACAUCAAAGGUGAGAAGCAAGAUGAUUUAUGCAAGUUCCAAGGAUAGGUUCAAGAGGGAGUUAGACGGCAUUCAAGUGGAGUUACAAGCAACUGAUCCUACUGAGAUGGGACUUGAUGUUAUCAGAAGUCGGUCCGGCUGAAUCAAAUGCUAUGCAACGGCUGGUGUUGAUUACGCUAAAAUGUUCAUAAGAAUGUGGGCUCCAAACAUGCUCUUUAUGAAUGCUAUAUGAUGAUAAUAUUGGCUUGUUCUUAAAAAGUGUUACCUAAAAGCUUUUAAGGAUGAUUGGUGUUGUUUGGCUUUGGUGGAUUUUAGUUGGAUGGAUAAUUUUAUAUGCAGGUAAAUAUGGGAUCAAUGCCAGUUUGGUUUUUAUCUGGACAA